AUGGUCCGCUACGCUGCCGCCGCCCUUGCCACCAAUCCCGAAAAAACCGCCCGUGCUCGGGGCGAGUACCUUCGCACGCACUUCAAGAACAUGAGGGAAGUCGCCGCAGCCCUCACAGGCUUGAAGCUUACCAAGGCCUACACCUACCUUUCUGACGUCUCGGACCACAAACAAGUCAUCCCUUUCCGUCGGUUCGCUGGUGGUGUCGGACGGGCCAGCCAAGCCAAGCAAUUUAAGGCAACCCAGGGUCGUUGGCCCGAGAAAUCCGUCAAGUUCAUCACUCGCCUCCUCAAAAACGCAGAGUCGAACGCCGACGCAAAGAGCCUUGAGCUCGAGGACCUUUACAUCAAGAACAUCGGCGUCCAGCAAGCACCCAAAACUCGCCGCCGCACGUACCGUGCACAUGGUCGUAUCAACCCUUACCAGGGCCACCCAUGCCACGUCGAGAUCAUCCUUGGUGUUUCUGGUGAGGAGGUCGAGCGGAGCAAGGACAAGGACGCUGUCGGCGUGUCAUCCUUGUCGUCGUUGAACCGGAGACAGGUUGCCAGAAGGAGAAUCGAGGCUGUACGCGCUUAA